UUUCCAGUGAAAAUGUCACUGCGUUGUGCUUUUGAAAUAUUUUUGCCACAUUUUAGUGCGUUUUUAUAGUUUUCUUUAAUUCCAUUUUAACAAAUUUCAAUUGUAAAAAAAUUCCCUCAAAUUGAUUUGUUUAAAUAUCAAAAAUUAUUUCUCCUUUUCUUUGUUAUUUGUUCUCCUAAAAUUAAAAAAAAAAUAUUCUUCCCAAAAUAUUUCUCUCGGGGUAGCCUUUUGCUUAUAGUUAAAUAAAAAAAAUGGCAGACUUCUUGGAUUCAGAAGCCGAAGAAUCGGAGGAUGAGGAGGAAUUGGAGCCACAUGAGCGAAAGAAACUCAAAAAGAAUAAAGCAAUGGCAGACAGCAGUGAGGAGGAGGAGGAAGAUGACGAAGAAGUGCUGCGAGAGGAACUCAAAGAUCUGAUCGAUGACCGACCUAUAGAAGAGGACGGCAGCGAUGGGGAGGAUUCGGAUGCGUCUGGUCGAUCGAAGAAACGUAAGAAAAGUGACGACGAUGAUGAACUUGACGAUCGACUGGAGGACGAUGAUUAUGAUUUGAUUGAAGAGAAUCUUGGUGUAAAAGUAGAAAGACGAAAACGAUUUAAACGCUUGCGUCGUAUACAAGAUGAGGAAAGUGAUGGCGAAGAACAACCCGUCGAUGAGGGAUUAGCUAGGGAAGCUAUUGCUGAACAACUUUUCGAUGAUGAUGAUGAUAAUGAACGCCGUUCUGAACGCAGUCACCGAGAACCCGAAGUUGAACACUUUGACGACGAAGAAGAGUCUGACUCUGAUGCUGAUGACUUUAUUGUAGACGAUGAUGGCAGGCCAAUUGCUGAAAAGAAAAAGAAACGUCGUCUCUUAUUUAACGAUGCGUCCCUACAAGAAGGUCAAGAUAUCUUUGGCGUUGACUUCGAUUACGACGACUUCAGUAAAUACGACGAUGAUGAAUAUGAAUCAGAGUCUGAAGGUGAUGACUACGAAGAAGAAGAUGGUACUGGCGAGCGCGAGAAACGCCCCAAAAAAUCCACCAAAAAGAAAUCCGCCAAAAAGACAAUAUUUGAAGUUUAUGAGCCUAGUGAAUUGAAACGCGGACAUUUUACCGACUUGGAUAAUGAAAUUCGUAAGACUGACAUCCCUGAGCGAAUGCAGCUGCGUGAAGUACCAGUUACUCCUGUCGCAGAAGGCUCAAAUGAACUAGAAGAUGAAGCCGAAUGGAUCUACAAACAAGCAUUUUGUAAACCAUCUGUUUCCGAACAGGAAAAGCCAACUGAUGGAGGAUCACGCGAUCGUUACCGCAAACCACCGAGUGCAAUAGGAAAAAUUAAACAAACACUUGACUUUAUGCGCAAUCAACAAUUAGAGGUACCAUUUAUAGCUUUUUACAGAAAAGAAUAUGUCAAGCCCGAAUUGACAUGCGAUGAUUUGUGGAAAAUUUACUACUUUGAUGGUCGUUGGUGUCAGUUGCUGUCCCGAAAGAACAAACUCUUGCAGUUAUUUGAAAAAAUGCGUAACUAUCAAUUGGAUAAGAUUAUGCAAGCGAACGAUGCACCAAUACCUGAUGACAUGCGCAUUAUCAAAGACGAAGAUCUAGACCGACUACGGGAGGUACAAACGCCUGAAGAAUUGAAAGAUGUUCACAUGCAUUUCUUGCUGUACUAUUCACAUGAGAUUCCUAAAAUGCAAGAGGAAUUCCGUCGCAAGGAAAAAGAAGAACGUAAAAAGGCAAGAGAAGAUGCUCGCCGAAAAGCAUUAGAAAACCUUGAAGAAGGCCAAGAACCCCCACCAGAAAGCGAAGAAAUCGAAGAGAUUGAAGAUGAACCUGAAGAGCAACUAAAACAAGCUAGAGAUUCUGGUCCCUAUGCAAUGUGCAGGAAAGCUGGUAUUUGUGGAUUUGCCAAGCGAUUUGGACUCACCCCAGAACAAUUCGCUGAGAACUUGCGAGACAGCUAUCAGCGACAUGAAGUUGAUCAGGAGGCCAUAGAACCCGCCGAUGUUGCCAAGCAGUUCUUGUGUCCAAAAUUCAUGAUGGUCGAUGAAGUAAUUCAUGCUGCCAAGUUUGUGGUAGCUCGACAAAUCGCAAAAGAACCUUUGCUGCGAAAAUGUGUUCGUGAGAUAUUUUUUGAAAGAGCCAAGAUAAAUGUGAGACCUACAAAGAAAGGCAUGAAAGAGGUGGAUGAGAACCAUCCAUGCUACGGCAUGAAGUAUUUGACAAAUAAGCCUGUCGUGGAUUUGAUUGGUGACCAGUUCCUUCGUCUGUCCAUGGCCGAAGAGGAUGGUUUGUUGGAAAUAACUAUUCUUGAAAAGAUCGAAGGAAAUACAGCAAGUUCAUAUCUAGAGGAGGCAAAGCAGCUCUACCAGCGUGAUGAGUUUUCCAAAAAUGUCCAAGACUGGAAUGCCUUGCGUAGCGAAUGUGUUGAAUUGGCUCUCACAAAGAUGGUAAUUCCUGAGAUCAAAAAAGAACUAAAAGCAAUUCUUAUCGCAGAAGCUAAGGAAUCAAUUCUAAAGGCGUGCUGCACUAAACUUUGUAAUUGGAUUAAGGUUGCUCCUUACCAACCUGACUUCACUGAAGAAGACGAUUACGAAUGGGAUACAUCGAAAGGUAUUCGCGUUAUGGGUCUGGCUUAUGUUCCAGAUUACACUCAAGCAGCUUUCUGUGCUAUAACGUCAAAUGAGGGUGAAGUCACAGACUACCUUCGACUGCCACAUAUUCUCAAACGAAAGAAUUCAUACCGGCCAGAUGAGAAACAAUGCAAACAAUCUGAUAUGGCCAAUUUGAAGGCGUUUCUGAGAAACAAAAAACCACACGUUGUGGCAAUUGGUGGGGAAUCGCGUGAGGCUCAAAUGAUUCAGCAAGAUGUCCAAGAAGUCAUCAAGCAAUUGGUCGAAGAAGAACAAUUCCCUCAAGUUGCCGUUGAGAUUAUUGACAACGAGUUGGCCAAGAUCUAUGCAAACUCUAACAAAGGAGUAGCCGAUUUCCGAGAGUAUCCUACACUCCUUAAACAAGCCGUGUCCUUGGCUAGAAAAAUGCAGGAUCCUUUGGUUGAAUACUCGCAGCUAUGUGGUCCUGAUGAGGAAAUUCUUUGUUUAAGAUACCAUUCGCUGCAGGAGCAAAUUCCCAAAGAGGAACUUCUUGAGCAUCUGUACUUAGAAUUCAUUAAUCGUACUAAUGAAGUUGGUGUAGACAUUAAUCUAGCGGUGCAAAACUCGCUCACGCUCAAUUUAAUUCAAUUUAUAUGUGGCUUGGGGCCGAGAAAAGGUCAAGCGUUGGUCAAAAUUCUCAAACAGACAAAUCAGCGGCUCGAAAAUCGAACCCAACUCGUUACUUCAUGUCACAUGGGUCCAAAGGUGUUCAUCAAUUGUUCGGGUUUCAUUAAAAUUGACACAAACUCUUUAGGCGAUAGUACAGAAGCAUAUGUAGAAGUACUUGAUGGUUCUCGUGUUCAUCCGGAAACUUAUGAAUGGGCAAGAAAAAUGGCCGUCGAUGCCUUAGAAUAUGAUGAUGAAGAAACAAAUCCAGCUGGUGCCUUGGAGGAAAUUCUCGAAUCACCGGAGCGUCUUAAAGAUCUCGACUUGGAUGCAUUUGCCGAGGAAUUGGAACGUCAAGGAUUUGGUAAUAAGAGCAUAACACUGUACGAUAUACGAGCAGAAUUGAAUUCACGUUACAAAGAUCUGAGGGUUCCAUUCAGAUCGGCCAAUUCUGAGGAACUCUUUGAUAUGUUAACUAAAGAGACGCCAGAAAGCUUUUAUGUGGGCAAGAUGCUUUUGGCUACUGUGAGCGGAAUAUCACAUCGUAAACCUCAAGGCGAGCAACUGGAUCAGGCUAAUCCAGUGCGUAACGACGAAACAGGACACUGGCAAUGUCCUUUCUGUCUGAAAGAUGAUUUCCCCGAACUUUCUGAGGUUUGGAAUCAUUUUGAUGCUGGCGCUUGUCCCGGACAAGCAACAGGUAUUAAGCUGCGACUAGACAAUGGGCUCAAUGGAUUUAUUCACAUUAAAAAUUUAUCUGAUAAACAUGUUAAAAAUCCCGAGGAGCGAGUGCAGAACAAUCAAGCGAUUCAUGUGCGAAUAAUCAAAAUCGAUGUUGAACGAUUUUCGGUUGAUUGUUCUUCCAAGAGUUCGGACUUGAUGGAUAAGAACCAUGAAUGGCGUCCGCGUAAAGAUAAUUACUAUGACCAAGAGCAAGAAGACAAAGAUCGUCGCAAAGAAGAUGACUCAAAGAAGGUCAAGGCCAAACAACAGUAUGUUAAGCGAGUUAUUGUCCAUCCAUCUUUCCACAACAAAUCCUAUGCUGAAGUGGUCAAAAUUAUGGAGGGCAUGGAUCAGGGAGAAGUCAUUGUUCGUCCAUCUAGCAAGGGUUCAGAUCAUUUGACUGUCACAUGGAAGGUAACGAAUGACAUCUAUCAGCACAUUGACGUUCGUGAAGAGGGAAAAGAAAACGCAUUUAGCUUGGGUCAAAGUCUUCUAAUUGGCAAUGAAGAAUUCGAAGAUUUGGAUGAAAUCAUUGCGCGUCAUGUGAAUCCAAUGGCAGCAUCAGCUAGGGAAUUAUUAAGCUAUAAAUACUACCGUGACACAGGUGGCGGCCUUAAAGACAAAAUGGAAGAACUGCUCAAGGAGGAAAAAAAGAAGGACCCGAAGAAAAUUCACUACUUUGUGUCUGCUUCAAAGAAUUAUCCGGGUAAAUUUCUACUCUCCUACCUGCCAAAGACAAAAUGCAGACACGAAUACGUCACUGUGACGCCAGAGGGCUUCCGCUAUCGUGGACAGAUCUUUGAGUCGAUUAACACUUUUCUCAAGUGGUUCAAGGACCAUUACUCAGAUCCACUUCCAGGAAAUACACCAAUGUCGACACCCCGCCCGCCUGCAAGCACACGAACGCCUGGCUAUAGCACUCCGCAAUUGAGUGUUAGUUCGGGCUCAAUUGGAAACAGAUCACAUGUUCCACCGCAUAUGAUGCACUCUAUGUCGCAUCCUAUGUCUAGCCAGACGCCUCACUACCCUAACACGCCUGGCUAUCAAGGUGGAUAUGUGAAUACUCCGUAUACCCCAAGCGGACAGACGCCAUUCAUGACGCCUUAUCACACUCCUCACUCUUCGCAAACUCCACGGUAUAAUCAUAAUACUCCGAGUCCAGCGUCGUCCACCUCGAACGGGCAUUUCGCACGUCCAGCGAUGCCCCCGUCGUCUCAUUCUCGUCAUGGCGGAUCUGUUCAUGCUUCACCGCAGUCGUAUGGUCGUUCACCUCGUGAACCUGGUGGAAGUCGUGGUCCAGGUGGAGGUGCUCCACCUCCACAUCAUUCUCGGUCGAAUGCCUAUAGUUCAGCCCAACAAGAGAGCAUGGACUGGCAAAUGGCAUCAGAUUCUUGGGCGCGUCGUAAACCAUCUGCUCCUAGCCAACAUAAUAGAAAUGCAUCCGGUGGCCAGCCACCUCCUCCAAUGCCCACCAGCAGUAAUUCGGCACGAACACCGCGCUACGAAGACUACCCACGCAAAACACCCCAAUACACAGAAGAACGACCAAUGAGCAGGUCCGGACGAUCGGACUUCUCAAAGAGUCCACGAUCAAUGAGAAGUACGCCACGAACAAAUACAUCUCCCCACUCUAUGAACUUAGGCGACUCCACACCCCUUUAUGAUGAGAAUUAGGUUUUUUCUUCAUCUAUUUCCUCCUACUAUUUAAUUAAUUAGUCUAAAUGCCAGACGAAAUAAGUUAACGAUUUUCAUUUUGAAUUGAUUGAUUUUUUUAUACAUAUUUAACAUACAUAUAGCCGCCCUUUUUAAAAUUAAUUACAAUUAGAGGGACACUUUGCUUCUCUAGUUCUCUGCUCGUUGGAAUUUCAAUAAAAAUCAAAACGCACGUUUCGUUGCGUGCAUUGUUGUGGUAUGGAAAUAAUUUUUAACAAAAAGUGGAAUACACAAUAAAUUAUAAUUGAAAUUUAAAUUAAAAAAAAAAAAAUCAAGAAAACAAUAGAAACGUAUUAAAAAUAUUAGGCAAACAAAUAAUACAGUUUUAGUAAUUUAAUUGAUCGAUAUGCAAAAAAUAUAUAUAAAAAUAAAAAUUAUAUAUAAUAUCUAAAUAUUAUAAAGAAAACAGCUUAAAAAAUAGCUACAUUAUAAAAUAAAUAAA